CCAGCCGCUAGUCCCAAUGGAGAAAGGCGACAGACGGUUUAACCAUCAUCGGCAGGAGAGUAUCCACACCAAGAUUGAAGUCAUUAUCCUCAUGUCGAACCCUAAAAGCAGAAAACAAUAAAAGAUACUUUUUGGCAAUCAAGAUGGGAGACAAAUGUACAUUCGGCGCCAGGAAACCCAUCGACAUCAACAUGGUCAAUGCGAUUAUCCACAGGGAAGUGAAGCAUUUCAGAAACUACAACAUUUAUCGGCCUAAAUUCGGUUUGGUCCCGGUGACCAGCAAGUUCUACGCGGCUCACGACCAGUUCUUGGACGCGUCAGAAGAGGAAUCGCAGAAAGUAGAAAAUUAUCAUCACAACGUAAUGCAAGCGCGGGUAUUGGGGCCACACAGCAAAUAUCCCGCGCCAGUUACCGAGAAUCUUGUAUACGGGUGGUACCACGAGCCAUUAAUGCCAACGGACAAAGCGGAUCGACGAUUUAACCACCAUAUUCAAGAAAACAUCAACACCAAGAUCCAAUUCAUCAUCCUCAUGGCCAACCCGAAGAUUAAGAAAGAAUAGAAGACACUGUAAGAGCUAUUUCGAUAAGAAUAACUUACGCAUCCUUGUUCCGUCGACCCAGCACGUCACUGACCUGACUCAUAACCAAUUUUAAUUUUUUUGGUCCUUAAUUUUAUGCUUUUUUUUUAAUCUUACUUAUUUACUUUGUAUAUACUAACCUUUUAUACAGUCAUUUAUUUUACUGUGCAGUUUUCUCCAAGGUAAUUUCACCGUUUUUAACCUUAGAUGACGUGUUCGAGGAGCCCAUAAUUAGGUCCAUGUUACCAAACGGUCUUUAAUAUCCGACGACGAGAUUAUCUCUUUUUCAACUUUGAUUUUUUUACCUCAAUUGUUACUGUUCAUUACUUUAUUUAUUUUUCACUAUUUAUAAUUUUUAUUUUUAUUUAUAUUUUAUACUACAUUAUACUCUUA